AUGUCCGGGACCCAAGGUUGGGCAGACCUCCCAGAAGGCCUGCUGCACUCUAUCGUCGCUCGGAUGGGCCUGGGCUCUGCCCCAGAUCUUCUUGCAUUUGCUGCCACCUGCCGUUCUUGGGGUACUGCUUUUGCCGGCUCCAUAGCAACAUUCCCACCUCUCCUUCUCCAACCUGAUGUCUCUUCCUCCCCUUUUAAUGCUAGCCCCUUUAGCAACAACCUGGUGCCCAAUCGUCCAUAUCUUGUCACAGAUAUAGUCAAAGUCAACCAUGGUGCCAACCUUUGCUCUGAGAUUCCUCUACGUCUGGAAUGGUUUUCCUUCAUGGGGGCUUCCUUUGGCCAUCUCAUUUUGUACAACAAAAAAUCUUGUAUCGUUGUUGAUGUGUCUAGAGGUGUUAGCGUCUCACCUCCACAACUACCACUCGUCAAAUGCGCUGAGCCCAAUUAUGGUGCUCUUACUGCUCCUCUCACAUCACCCAACUCUCAUCUCAUUGUCGAGGCUGGACCACAUAAUCUGUUUUGGCGUGUUUGUAGCGACUCGUGGGUGAGAUGUUAUACUCGUCAUGGACAUAUCAAGCAAAUCGUGGUGAGAUGUUCUACUCAUCAUGGACAUAUCAAGCAAAUCGUGGUCUUCAAAGGACGGGUGUUUGGCAUGGAUUCUGAUCGCAGAAUCUUCAAAGUGCACUUGACACCCCAGAUUAGCAUCCAAGAACUACCAGUCAUCGAGUCAAGCAUGAUCAGUAAGCGGAAUCUUUCCAAUGCAUGGCUGGUGGCUUGCGGCGAUAUGCUUCUCUUGGUCGGCUGUCGGGGGUCUAUCGUAGUAUCAGGGGUAACCUUUGAAGUCUUUCGCCUUGACCUAUCAUUUGAGCCUGCAUUGUGGUUCAAGGUGGAGAAGCUAGAGCAUUGGGCGAUAUUCAUCAGCACGGACAAGAGAAGCCAGGCUUUGUCUUGCAUGAACCCAGAGAUAUGGGGAGGGCGGAGCAACUGCAUAUACUGCUAUAACCAUGAGUCUGGACGUUGGAUUGCACUUGAGCUCGGCAAGCCGCUGCAGGGAGAUGUCUUUAUUUUCAUGGGUUGUGACGCCAAGGUGCAACCUAUGUGGGUUGUCCCCAGCAUGCUCUCUCUGUGUAGGUGA